CACACGUGAAGGUCAGAAUUGCAGCAGAAGGUUUUGCUCCUCGGUCGCUUCUCGUCGCUUCUCGUCCCUCGGAGCUGGUUCCACUGAGCUAUGGAAGGUCAGGGGGGGGCAGCGGACCCCCAGCUGCAGCAGUUCAUCGAGGUCGAGUCCCAGAAGCAGAGGUUCCAGCAGCUGGUCCAUCAGAUGACUGAGGUUUGCUGGGAGAAGUGCAUGGACAAACCUGGGCCCAAGCUGGACUCGAGGACAGAAACGUGCUUUGUUAACUGUGUGGAGCGAUUUAUUGACACGAGCCAGUUCAUCCUGAACCGACUGGAACAGACCCAGAGGAGCCGGGGCUCGUCCUCCGAGAGCAUGAUGGACUAAAGACGCUCACAAGACGGACCGGUGAGAUUCUCUGCCCUUUGCUCUGUGACGAGGCCGGUUGCUCCUGA